GCAAGGUAUGCCGGACGGGCAGGGUAGUACCAGACGGGACGUCAUCCGUCCUGAGCUGGAGGCCCUGAUAUUGGGCUGGGGAACGAGAGAGGUUGUUCAAGUUUCCAGGCAUUUUUGGUUUGUUACGCGUUAGUGUCACACUUAACCAAGUGAUAAGCAGCCAACUUGGGUGUCUGUUCUUGGUUGUUUAGGCGCUUGGCCGUGUAGCGCACCAGUCGCCGGUGGGCGCGCUCUGCCAUCAACAUGGCGGACACGGAAAGCGAAGGGGACAGGGGACAGAGCAGUGCCGUGGCCGCGGACCCGUCCCUGCUCGUCAGUCACCUCAGAAAGGUUGUCCCUCUUCUGCUGGAAGAUAGCGAAGCAGGGUCAGCAGCACUGAACGCAGCACUUGCCGACAAGGCCAGCAUUGACUGUCUGAAGAAGUUCGUCAGCGAUGCCCAGGUGCACACCUUGCUUGUGCAGCGAGCUGUUGCCAAAGAUGAUGGAGACGUCUCUGAUAGCAGCCCAGAUUCCGAUCAGGAAUUCAUCAGCUACAUAGUCACCACUCAUGUGCACUUCAAAAGCCAGAAGGUCACCAGUGUUGCAUUCAUCAAGCGUGGACCUGUUAUAGAGGCAGACAAGACCAUUGCCUCCCAGGUCCGUGUGAUGACACUCAGUGAUGGGUCGCCAUAUGAAACCUUGCAUGCCAUCGUCAGUAACUCUGUGGCGCCGUACUUCAAAUCGUACGUCCGUGAGUCUGGCAAAGCAGACAGGGAUGGAGACAAAAUGGCACCAUCUGUUGAGAAGAAGAUUGCAGAGCUGGAGAUGGGACUGUUACAUCUACAGCAGAACAUUGACAUUCCAGAAAUCACCCUCACCAUCCACCCCACUGUGGCUGGAAUUGUCAAGAAAGUCCAUGAGGAAGAGGGGCGCAAAGCCAACGUUUCUGACUUUGGUAAUCGGGUGGAAGACUCCACUUUCCUCAACGCUCUACAGCAUGGGGUCAAUCGCUGGAUCAGGGAGAUACAGAAGGUUACAAAACUGGACCGUGACCCAGCCUCAGGCACUGCGCUGCAGGAGAUCAGCUUCUGGCUGAACCUGGACCGAGGCCUGCUCUCCAUCCAGGAGAAGCGAGAGAGCCCCGAGAUCCACCUCACACUGGACAUCCUGAAACAUGGCAAACGUUUCCAUGCCACCGUCAGCUUUGACACAGAUACAGGUCUUCAACAAGCCAUAGAUACAGUGAAGGACUACAACAACCUGAUGAGGGACUUCCCACUGAAUGAUCUGUUGGCCGCCACUGAACUGGACCGCAUCCGACUGGCUCUCACCGCUAUCUUCAGCCACCUCCGCAAGAUACGCAACACAAAAUACCCUAUUCAGAGGGCCCUGCGCCUGGUGGAGGCCAUCUCACGGGAUCUCAGCACACAGCUGUUGAAGGUUCUUGGGACCCGUCGACUGAUGCACAUCACACAUGAUGAGUUUGAGAAGGUGAUGGGGGCGUGCUUCGAGGUGUUCGGGUCGUGGGACGACGAAUACGAGAAGCUGCAGGGACUCCUGCGGGACCUGGUGAAGAAGAAGCGCGACGAGAGUCUGAAGAUGGUGUGGCGGAUCAACCCCGCCCACAAGAGGCUCCAGAUGAGACUGGACCAGAUGAGAAGGUUCCGUCGGCAGCAUGAGCAGCUGCGAGGUGUGAUCCUGCGUGUCUUGAGGCCGGCAGUCCAGGCCACAACCCCGACCAGUCCUGAGGGAGAGGCCUCCAGUCCUGUCAAAACUACCGAGUUCCUUCUGGAUGCAGCAGAUGCCAAUGCUAUUGAGGAGGUGAACCUUGCCUAUGAGAAUGUGAAGGAGGUGGAUGGGCUGGAUGUGUCUAAGGAAGGAACUGAGGCCUGGGAGGCUGCCAUCAAAAGGUACGAUGAGCGGAUUGAUCGCGUGGAGACCCGCAUUACGGCACGCCUGAGAGACCAGCUGGGCACAGCGAAGAAUGCCAACGAGAUGUUCCGCAUCUUCUCUCGCUUCAACGCCCUGUUCGUGCGUCCCCACAUCCGCGGAGCCAUCCGCGAGUACCAGACGCAGCUCAUCCAACGUGUGAAGGACGACAUCGAGUCACUGCAUGAUAAAUUCAAGGUGCAGUACCCCCACAGUAAGGCCUGCAGGAUGAGCAGGGUGCGAGACUUGCCCCCCGUGUCAGGCUCCAUCAUCUGGGCCCGCCAGAUCGAGCGCCAGCUGAGCGCCUACAUGCGUCGUGUGGAGGACGUCCUUGGGAAGGGCUGGGAGAACCAUGUGGAGGGGCAGAAGCUGAAGGCUGACGGGGACAGCUUCCGAGCCAAGCUCAACACUCAGGAACUGUUCGAUGAAUGGUCCAGAAAGGUUCAGCAGCGCCAGUUGGGAGUGUCUGGCCGGAUCUUCCAGAUCACUAGUGAAAGGGCCAAGGGUGGAAGGAACGUCUUGAAGCUUCGGGUCAACUUCUCCAAGGAGAUCAUCACUCUCUCCAAGGAGGUGCGGAACCUGAAGUGGCUGGGCUUCCGAGUCCCCCUGGCCAUUGUCAACAAGGCUCACCAGGCCAACCAGCUGUAUCCAUUCGCCAUCUCACUGAUUGAAAGUGUGCGCACUUACGAGAGGACAUGUGAAAAGGUGGAUGAGAGGCCCCAAAUCACCCUUCUUGUGGCCGGUUUGAGAAAGGAUGUGCAGGCCUUGCUGGCUGAGGGAAUGAAUCUGGUGUGGGAGUCCUACAAGUUAGACCCGUACGUCCAGCGGCUUGCUGAAGCAGUGUUCCAGUUCCAGGAGAAGGUGGAUGAUCUGCUGCUGAUUGAGGAGAAGAUAGACAUGGAGGUCAGGUCCCUGGAGACCUGCAAUUAUAAAGAAGAGACCUUCAAAGAGGUCCUGGAUCAUGUACAGAAAGCUGUGGACGACCUCAACCUGCACGCAUACUCCAACCUGCCACAGUGGGUGGCCAAACUGGACCAUGAGGUGGAGAAGAAGCUGGCUACGCGUCUCCAGGCUGGACUGAAAGCUUGGACGGAGGUGCUGCUGAAGGAGGGAGAUGAUGACCAGGCUAACCAAGACAUGGACAAUGAUGUCGCUCCUGCACACAAGCCUGGAGGAGACCCCAAACUACAGACCCUGCGGUACGAGCUGCGGCUGAUGAACCAGGUGAUCUACCUGGAGCCUCCCCUGGAGAACGUGCGGAUGCGGCUGUUCCAGCAGCUGCACGACUGGGAGCAGGUCAUCACCACCCUGCCGCGCAUACAGAGCUCUCGCUACCAGGUUGGGCUGGAGCGAGGCGAGUCAGAGAGAGAGACUACCUACCGUAACCUGCUGACCAAACUGCCUGACGGUCAACAUGCCAUGGACGUGGCUUUCCAAGCCAUCGAGGAUGUUGUUGUCAAGACGAAUGCCUAUGUAGCGUCCUGGCUGCAGUACCAGGCUCUGUGGGACCUAACCCCUGACCAGGUCUACAACCGAAUUGGGGAGGGCAUACAGCGAUGGGUCAAUGUCAUCGUUGAAGUCAAGCAGUCUCGGGCCACCUUUGACACCGCUGAGGUACGGAAGGAGUUCGGGCCAAUAGUGAUCGAGUUUGGCAAGGUCCAGUCCAAGGUCAACCUGAAGUACGACUCUUGGCACAAGGAGAUCCUGGGCAAGUUUGGGAGCAUGCUGGGAGAAUCCAUGGUCGAGUUCUAUGACACUGUCUCCAAGAGCCGGACUGAGUUGGAGCAACACUCUGUGGAAACAGCCAGCACUUCAGACGCUGUGAGCUUCAUCACUUAUGUCCAGUCCCUGAAGCGUAAGGUCCGCAACUGGGAGAAGCAGGUCGACGUGUACCAAAAUGGACAGAGAAUUCUGGAGAAACAGCGCUUCCAGUUCCCCUCGUCCUGGCUGUAUGUGGACAACAUCCUGGGAGAGUGGGGAGCCUUCACCGAGAUCAUGAAGAGGAAGGACUCUGCCAUCCAGACUCAGAUCGCCAGCCUGCAGAUGAAGAUUGUGGAGGAGGAUCACAGUGUGGAGACUCGCAGCACAGAGCUGCUGACAGACUGGGAGAAGAACAAACCCACGGAAGGUGGACAGCGUCCUGACAAAGCGCUCAAUGCUCUGGCAAUCUUUGAAGGGAAGUUCAGCCGUCUGAAGGAGGACAGAGACAACCUGGCUCGUGCCAAGGAAGCCCUGGAACUGCAAGAUCCCGGGAUGCUGAGUGCCUCUGAGGAGCGUGUGACCGUCGCUCUGGAGGAACUGCAGGACCUGAAGGGGGUGUGGUCGGAGCUGUCCAAGGUGUGGGAGCAGAUCGACCAGCUCAAGGAGACCACCUGGCUGUCUGUACAGCCAAGGAAGCUCCGCCAGUCACUGGACAACCUACAGACCCAGCUGAAGAACAUGCCGUCACGCCUGCGGCAGUACAGCUCCUACGACUACGUGUCCCGCGUCGUCAAGAGCUAUCAGAAGAUCAACAUGCUGGUUGUUGAGCUGAAGUCAGACGCGCUGAAGGAGCGCCACUGGAAGCAGCUGAUGAAGAGGCUGCGAGUGAAGUGGGUCCUGUCGGAGCUGACCCUGGGCCACAUCUGGGACGUCGACCUGCAGAAGAACGAGGGCAUCGUCAAGGACGUGAUCCUGGUGGCCCAGGGAGAGAUGGCGCUGGAGGAGUUCCUCAAGCAGGUGCGUGAGGCCUGGCAAACCUAUGAGCUGGACCUGGUGAACUACCAGAACAAGUGCAGGCUGAUCCGUGGCUGGGAUGACCUCUUCAACAAGGUCAAGGAGCACAUCAACAGCGUGGCGGCCAUGAAGCUCUCUCCCUACUACAAGGUGUUUGAGGAGGACGCUCUGUCCUGGGAGGACAAGCUGAACCGCAUCAACGCGCUGUUUGACGUGUGGAUCGACGUGCAGCGCCGCUGGGUCUACCUGGAGGGCAUCUUCGCUGGCAGCGCAGACAUCAAACACCUGCUGCCUGUGGAGACACAGCGCUUCCAGAGCAUCAGCACGGAGUUCCUGGGUCUCAUGAAGAAGGUUGCCAAGGCCCCCCUGGUGCUGGACAUCCUGAACAUCCCCGGGGUGCAGCGGCUGCUGGAGAGGCUGGCAGACCUGCUGGGCAAGAUCCAGAAGGCUUUGGGCGAGUACCUGGAGAGGGAGCGGUCCUCGUUCCCAAGAUUCUACUUUGUUGGUGAUGAGGACUUGUUGGAGAUCAUCGGGAACAGCAAGAACGUGGCACGGCUGCAGAAACACUUCAAGAAGAUGUUUGCUGGGGUGAACUCCAUCGUCCUGAACGAGGAUGCAACUAUUGUCAAGGGGUUGUCCUCCAAGGAAGGGGAGGAAGUGGUGUUUAGUUCUCCAGUGUCCAUCAAGGAGAACCCUAAGAUCAACGAGUGGCUGACCCUGGUGGAGCAGGAGAUGCGAGUGACCCUGGCCCGCCUGCUGUCCCAGUCCGUCACCGAGCUCAAGUCCCUGGGAGAGGGCGCCGUGGACCCGGCCAAGUACAUGCAGUGGGUGGACAAGUAUCAGGCCCAGCUGGUGGUGCUGUCUGCCCAGGUCUCCUGGUCGGAGGGUGUGGAGAAAGCUCUGACAACCAUCAACGGAGGCAGCGACCUGAAGCCCAUGAAGGCCAUGUUGGACUCCGUGGAGUCCACCCUCAACGUCCUGGCCGACUCUGUUCUGCAGGAGCAACCACCUGUGCGAAGGAAGAAGCUGGAACACCUGAUCACAGAGUUGGUGCACCAGCGUGACGUGACUCGUGCUCUGGUGAAGGACAAGGUCAACUCGCCCCUCAGCUUCAACUGGCUGUGCCAGAUGCGCUUCUACUACAACCCCCGCAACACGGACGUGCUUCAGCAACUCUCCAUCCACAUGGCCAACGCCAAGUUCAACUACGGCUUCGAGUACCUGGGAGUGCAGGACAAGCUGGUGCAGACUCCGCUGACAGACAGGCUGUACCUGACCAUGACACAGGCUCUGGAGGGACGCCUGGGAGGCUCUCCUUUUGGUCCGGCAGGAACUGGGAAGACAGAGUCUGUGAAGGCUCUCGGUCACCAGCUAGGUCGCUUUGUGCUGGUCUUCAACUGUGACGAGACCUUUGACUUCCAGGCCAUGGGACGCAUCUUUGUUGGUCUGUGUCAGGUGGGUGCUUGGGGCUGCUUUGAUGAAUUCAACCGGCUGGAGGAGCGAAUGCUGUCAGCUGUCUCGCAGCAGAUCCAGUCUAUUCAGCUAACACUGAAGGAAUCCACACAGGACUCCCAGAUCUCCGUGGAGCUGAUCGGGAAGCAGGUGAAGGUGAACCCAGACAUGGCCAUCUUCAUCACCAUGAACCCUGGCUAUGCCGGGCGCUCCAACCUGCCCGACAACCUGAAGAAGCUGUUCCGCAGCCUGGCCAUGACCAAGCCGGACCGGCAGCUCAUCGCUCAGGUCAUGCUGUACUCGCAGGGCUUCCGCACAGCAGAGAAACUGGCCAACAAGAUCGUGCCGUUCUUCAAGCUAUGUGACGAGCAGCUGUCUAACCAGUCCCACUACGACUUCGGGCUGCGUGCGCUGAAGAGUGUGCUGGUGAGCGCGGGAAAUGUCAAGCGUGACCGCAUCCAGCACAUCAAGGAGCUGAAGAAGGCGCAGGGAGAAGCCGUGGAUGAGGGAGCCAUUGCUGAGAACCUGCCUGAACAGGAGAUCCUGAUCCAGAGUGUGAUGGAGACCAUGGUGCCUAAGCUGGUAGCCGAGGACAUUCCCCUGCUGCACAGCCUGCUGUCGGACGUGUUCCCGGGGAUACAGUACACCAGGGCGGAGAUGAAGGCGCUCCGCACCGAGCUGACCAAGGUGUGCCAGGAGAUGCACAUGGUCUAUGGCGAGGGGGAGGAGAUGGGCACCAUGUGGGUGGAGAAGGUUCUGCAAGUGUACCAGAUCUCCCAGCUGCACCAUGGCUUGAUGAUGGUAGGACCCAGCGGAAGUGGGAAGAGCUCUGCCUGGAAGUGUCUGCUGAAGGCACUGGAGAGGCUGGAGGGAGUGGAAGGAGUGUCACAUGUCAUCGACCCAAAGGCUAUCAGCAAAGACCAUCUGUACGGCACACUGGACCCCAACACCAGGGAGUGGACAGACGGUCUGUUCACACACAUCCUCCGCAAGAUUAUUGACAACAUCCGUGGAGAGCUGCAGAAGCGACAGUGGAUCGUGUUUGACGGAGACGUGGACCCGGAGUGGGUGGAGAACCUGAACAGUGUGCUCGACGACAACAAGCUGCUCACCCUGCCCAAUGGAGAGCGUCUCAGCAUCCCGCCUAAUGUUCGCAUCAUGUUUGAGGUUCAAGACCUGAAGUACGCGACGCUGGCCACUGUGAGCCGCUGUGGCAUGGUGUGGUUCAGCGAGGACGUCCUGUCGACGGAGAUGGUGUUCGACAACUUCCUGUCUCGCCUGCGCAACAUCCCUGUGGAGGAGGGGGAGGAGGAGAGGACCUAUGGUCAGGAGGCAGACAAGGAGGAGGUCUCACCUGUCUUGCAGCUCCAGCGAGAUGUAGCCAACCUGCUGACCCAGUUCUUCACGUCCGAUGGGCUGGUGAUCAGGUGCCUGGAGUUCGCAGCCCAGCAGGAGCACAUCAUGGACUACACGCGCCUCAGGGCCCUGGGCUCGCUCUUCUCCAUGCUCAACGAGGCUGUCCGCAGUGUGCUGGCCUACAACCACUCCCAUCCAGACUUCCCUCUGACGUUUGACCAGCUGGAGAAGUACAUCCCUAAGACGUUGGUCCAUUCGCUGCUGUGGUCUCUGGUGGGAGAUGCCAAGAUGAAGGUCCGUGAGGAGAUGGGCACCUUCAUCAGAGGAGUCACCACCAUACCGCUGCCUCCCAACCCGAGUAUCCCCAUCAUUGACUUUGAGGUGAGCAUCACGGGAGACUGGCUGCCGUGGAAUGCCAAGGUGCCUCAGGUGGAGGUGGAGACCCACAAGGUGGCUGCCCCGGACGUGGUGGUGCCCACGCUGGACACCGUUCGCCACGAGGCCCUGCUCUACACCUGGCUGGCCGAGCACAAGCCCCUGGUACUGUGCGGACCUCCCGGCAGUGGCAAGACCAUGACUCUCUUCAGCGCUCUCCGUGCACUGCCUGAUAUGGAGCUGGGCUUACCAGCCAACCUGCAUGAGUUGGAGGUUGUUGGACUGAACUUCUCGAGUGCGACGACCCCGGAGCUGAUGCUGAAGACGUUUGAUCACUACUGCGAGUACCGGAGGACCCCCCACGGACUGGUGCUGUCUCCCAUCCAGCUGGGCAAGUGGCUGGUGGUCUUCUGUGAUGAGAUCAACCUGCCAGACAUGGACAAGUAUGGCACGCAGCGUGUCAUCUCCUUCCUGCGCCAGAUGGUGGAGCACGGAGGCUUCUUCCGCUCAGCGGACCAGCAGUGGGUCAAGUUCGAGAGGAUCCAGUUUGUGGGAGCGUGCAAUCCCCCAACGGACCCAGGCCGCAAGCCUUUGUCUCACAGGUUCCUACGUCACGUCCCUGUGGUGUAUGUGGACUACCCUGCAGCCCCCUCCCUCAUGCAGAUCUACGGCACCUUCAACCGUGCCAUGCUGCGCCUCAUCCCCACCCUGCGUACCUACGCAGAGCCUCUCACUAUGGCAAUGGUGGAGUUCUUCACUAUGUCACAGGAGAGGUUUACUCAGGACACCCAGCCACACUACAUCUACAGCCCACGUGAAAUGACCCGCUGGGUGCGAGGCAUCCUGGAGGCGCUGCGGCCCCUGGAGUCCCUCCCCGUGGAGGGGCUGGUGCGCAUCUGGGCCCACGAGGGCCUCAGGCUCUUCCAGGACAGGCUGGUGGAAGAGGAGGAGCGUCAGUGGACAGAUGAGAACAUCAACAUGGUGGCGCUCAAACACUUCCCCAACAUCGACCAGCAGAAGGCUCUGGGUCGCCCCAUCCUAUACAGCAAGUGGCUGUCAAAGGACUACGUACCUGUGGACAGGGAGGAGCUGCGAGAGUACACCAAGGCUCGCCUCAAGGUGUUCUAUGAAGAGGAGCUUGACGUGCCGCUGGUCCUGUUUAACGAGGUUCUGGACAACGUCCUGCGCAUCGACCGGAUCUUCCAGCAGCCACAAGGUCACCUGCUGCUGAUCGGAAUGAGCGGGGCUGGCAAGACGACCCUGUCGCGCUUCGUCGCCUGGAUGAACGGACUGACUGUGUAUCAGAUCAAGGUCCACAGGAAGUACAUGGCAGCAGACUUUGAUGAGGACCUGAGGAAUGUGCUGAGACGGUCGGGCUGUAAGGACGAGAAGAUCGCCUUCAUCAUGGAUGAGUCCAACGUGCUGGACUCGGGCUUCCUGGAGAGGAUCAACACUCUUCUGGCAAACGGAGAGGUGCCAGGACUGUUUGAAGGAGACGAGUACACCACCCUGAUGACCCAGUGUAAGGAGGGUGCCCAGCGGAACGGGCUGAUGUUAGACACCGGCGAGGAGCUGUACAAGUGGUUCACCCAGCAGGUCAUGAGGAACCUACACGUGGUCUUCACCAUGAACCCAUCCUCCCAGGGUCUGAAGGACCGGGCUGCCACGUCACCCGCCCUCUUCAACAGAUGUGUGCUGAACUGGUUCGGAGACUGGUCAGAGGGAGCCCUGUACCACGUCGGCCUGGAGUUCACCAGCAAGUUGGACCUGGAGCGGCCGGACUGGAAGCUGCCCGACUACAUCCCCCAGGCGUUCGAGGGGCUGCCUGACAUGCCGACCCACAGGGACAUCAUCGCCAACGCCUUCGUCUACGUGCACCAGACGCUGCACCAGGCCAACCAGAGGCUGAGCAAACGUGGCGCCCGCAUCAUGGCCAUCACACCUCGCCAUUACCUGGACUUCAUCAACCACUAUGUGAAACUGUACAACGAGAAGCGGUCUGACCUGGAGGAGCAGCAGCUCCACCUGAACGUGGGCCUGUCCAAGAUCCGGGAGACUGUGGAGCAGGUGGAGGAGAUGAGGAAGAGCCUGUCAGUCAAGAAGCAGGAGCUGGAGGCCAAGAACAACCUGGCCAACGCCAAGCUGAAGGAGAUGGUGAAGGACCAGCAGGAGGCUGAGAGGAAGAAGGUGAUGUCCAUAGAAAUCCAAGAGAAGCUGAAGACGCAGCUGGAACAGAUCAAGGUGAAGCGUGCGUAUGUGAUGGAGGACCUGGCCAAGGUCGAGCCCGCUGUGAUCGAGGCCCAGCAAGCUGUCAAGGGCAUCAAGAAACAGCAUCUGGUGGAGGUACGUUCCAUGGUGAACCCCCCUGCUGCAGUCAAGAUGGCCCUGGAGUCCAUCUGCCUUCUAAUGGGAGAACCCACAUCGGACUGGAAGGCCAUCCGUGGAAUUGUCAUCAGGGACAACUUCAUCAGCACCAUCGUCAACUUCCAGACUGAUGACAUCUCAGACAACAUUCGGGAGACCAUGGUGAGCAAGUACCUGUCCGAACCCAAGUACAACUUUGAGACUGUGGACAGGGCCAGCAAGGCCUGUGGGCCCAUGGUCAAGUGGGCAAUUGCACAGGUAAACUAUGCAGACAUGCUGCAGCGCGUGGACCCGCUGCGACAGGAGCUGCGCUCGCUGGAAGAGGAGGCCGACAGGAACAAGAUGGAGGGAGAGGAGAUGAACAGGCUGGUCCAGGAGCUCGAGAAGAGCAUCGCCAGGUACAAGGAGGAGUAUGCCGUGCUGAUCAGCCAGGCGGAGGCCAUCAAGGCCAGCCUGCUGGCUGUGGAAGAGAAGGUGACCCGUGCCACGGAUCUCCUGAGGAGCCUGGGUAUGGAGAGGGAGCGAUGGGAGGCCGGCAGCGUGUCCUUCAAGAACCAGAUGGCCACCAUCGUCGGAGACUGCCUGCUCUCCGCCGCCUUCCUGGCCUACGCGGGUUACUUCGACCAGCACAUGAGGCAGAGUCUGUUCAACUCCUGGUCGCACCACCUGCAGCAGGCCAACGUGAAGUUCCGCCCGGACAUUGCCCGCGUGGAGUACCUCUCCAACGCCGACGAGCGGCUGCGCUGGCAGGCCAACGCCCUCCCGGCCGACGACCUCUGCACAGAGAACGCCAUCAUGCUGAAGCGCUUCAACCGCUACCCGCUGAUCAUCGACCCGUCCGGGCAGGCCACGGCGUUCGUCAUGAACGAGUACCGGGAGAGGACCAUCACCAAGACCAGCUUCCUGGACGACGCCUUCCGCAAGAACCUGGAGAGCGCGCUGCGCUUCGGGAACCCCCUGCUGGUGCAGGACGUGGAGAGCUACGACCCCAUCCUCAAUCCCGUGCUGAACCGCGAGGUCCGACGCACCGGGGGCCGCGUGCUCAUCACGCUGGGAGACCAGGACAUUGAUCUGUCGCCUUCCUUCACCAUCUUCCUGUCCACCCGGGAUCCCACCGUGGAGUUCCCCCCGGACAUCUGCUCCAGGGUGACCUUCGUGAACUUCACGGUGACCCGCAGCAGUCUGCAGAGCCAGUGUCUGAACGAGGUCCUGAAGGCAGAGCGGCCGGACGUCGACGAGAAGAGAUCCGACCUGCUGAAGCUGCAAGGUGAGUUCCACCUGCGUCUGCGCCAGCUGGAGAAGUCCCUGCUCCAGGCCCUGAACGACGUGAAGGGCAAGAUCCUGGACGACGAUCGCAUCAUCACCCACCUGGAGACUCUGAAGAAGGAGGCCGCGGAGAUCACACGCAAGGUUGAGGAGACAGAUGCGGUGAUGGCUGAGGUGGAUCGCGUGUCCCAGCAGUACCAUCCCCUGGCAGCAGCCUGCAGCAGCAUCUACUUCACCAUGGACUCCACUCACCAGAUCCACUUCCUGUACCAGUACUCCCUGCAGUUCUUCCUGGAUAUCUACCACGCAGUCCUGUAUGAGAACUCCCACCUUCAGGGGGUGACAGACUACAUGGCUCGCCUCAACGUCAUCAUCAAGGACCUCUUCCAGGAGUCGUUCAAGCGCGUUGCCCGAGGCAUGCUGUUCAAGGACAGGGUCACCUUUGCUGUGCUGCUGGUGCGCAUCUUCCUGAAGGGAGUUGUGGACGAGCCGACGGAGUACGAUGCAGAGUUCCAGCACCUGCUGCGCGGGAAGGAGACGGUGGUGAAGAGCCAUGAGCUGCCAAUCAUCGAGGGACUGGCCACAGAACAGCUGGAGAGCAUGAUGCGCCUGACCCACCUGCCCUCCUUCAGUAACCUGGCCGUCCGUGUCCAGGCCGAGGACGCCUUCUCCUCCUGGGUGGAGUCGGUCACUCCGGAGGUGGACGUUCCUGUGCUGUGGGCUGAUGACGACACGCUCACUAAGACUGGGCGCGACAUGCAGCGACUGCUGGUGAUCCAGGCCUUCCGUCCGGACCGCCUGCGGGCCAUCACCCACAGGUUCGUGCAGACCGUGAUGGGAGACUCUUUCAUGCACUGUGCCGAGCAGGAGCUGGACCUGGCUGCGACUGUGGAGAAUGAGAUCAAGUCCAACACCCCCCUCCUGCUGUGCUCUGUACCCGGCUACGAUGCCAGCGGACAUGUGGAGGAUGUGGCAGCUGAGCUGGGCAAGGGUCUGACUCCCAUUGCCAUCGGGUCUGCUGAAGGAUUCAGCCUGGCCGACAAAGCCAUCAACACUGCCACCAAGUCUGGAAGGUGGGUGCUGUUGAAGAACGUCCAUCUGGCUCCCCAGUGGCUGGUGCAGCUGGAGAAGAAGCUCCACUCACUCACACCGCACCGCGACUUCCGCCUCUUCCUCACCAUGGAGAUCAACCCCAAGGUGCCGGUGAACCUGCUGCGUGCCGGCCGUGUGUUUGUGUUUGAACCUCCUCCUGGUGUGAAGGCCAACCUGCUGGGGACCUUCAGCACCAUCCCUGCUGCACGCAUGUGCAAGGCGCCUGGCGAGCGAGCACGGCUGUACUUCCUGCUGGCCUGGUUCCACGCUGUGGUGCAGGAGCGGCUCCGCUACGCUCCCCUGGGAUGGUCUAAGUGCUACGAGUUCAACGAGUCGGACCUCCGCUGUUCCUGCGAUACGCUGGACACCUGGAUCGAAAUGGCUGCAAAGGGUCGAGCUAACCUCCCACCAGACAAGGUGCCGUGGGACGCCCUGCGUAUACUGCUGUCCCAGGCCAUCUAUGGAGGGCGUGUUGACAAUGACUUUGAUCAGCGCCUGUUGAAUGCCUUCCUGGACAAGCUGUUCACAGCCAGCAGCUUUGAGAGAGACUUCCAGCUGGUCAGCAAGGUGGAUGGGAACAAGGACAUCAUCAUGCCUGAAGGCAUCCAUCGGGACCAGUUCCUGCAGUGGUCGGAGGGGCUGCCCGACAUGCAGACUCCGUCCUGGCUAGGACUGCCCAACAAUGCUGAGAAAGUGCUGCUCACAACACAAGGGGCGGACAUGAUCAUCAACCUGCUGCGGAUGCAGAUGCUGGAGGAUGAUGAGGAUGUGAUGGAGGAGGGCCGACCCCGGGCCGGCAGCAGGAAGCGCGCCACCAGCAGCGGGGACGGCCGCCCCGCCUGGAUGCGCACCCUGCUCAUGUCUGCCUCCAACUGGCUCUCACAGAUUCCUAAGAAUUUGACAGUCCUUCGUCGAACAGCAGAAAACAUCAAGGACCCUCUGUUCCGAUUCUUCGAACGUGAGGUGAAUGCUGGGUCUCGGCUGUUGAAGGAGGUCCGCACCAACCUGGAGAACGUGGUUCUGGUGUGUGAAGGCAAGAAGAAGCAGACCAAUGAAGACAGGGAGCUCAUCAGUGUUCUGGCCAAAGGCAUGCUGCCGCAGUCGUGGCGUCGGUACAAGGUUCCUGAUGGCAUGACAGUUAUCCAGUGGGUUAUAGACUUCGGCCAGCGUAUCAAGCAGCUGCACAAGAUCUCCCAGGCCACAGCUCAGGGUGGGGCCAAGGAACUUAAGAACCAGCAGAUCUGGCUGGGCGGUCUGUUUGUCCCCGAGGCCUUCAUCACGGCCACCCGCCAGUACGUGUCGCAGGCCAACAGCUGGUCCCUGGAGGAGCUCGCAAUGGAGGUGCACAUCUCUGACGGCAGCGGCAAGGACAUCCCCAGGGACGGCGGCACCUUCAUGGUCACAGGUUUGAAACUCCAGGGAGCUGUCUGUAAGCAGAACACCCUGCAGCUGAGUAAGACCAUCUCUACUGAGCUGCCCAUCACCUGCCUCCGCUGGAUCAGGGCCCAAGGAGAUGUCCAGAAGUCACCAUCAAUGGUGACCCUCCCGGUGUACCUGAACCAGACCCGUGCUGACCUGCUGUUCACGGUGGACCUGCAGACCGCAGGCAGCCGUUCUGGCGCCAACCAUGGCUUCUACGAGCAUGGUGUGGCCCUGCUGGCAGCCGAGUGGAUAUAGACAACUACUGUCCAGUCAGCAAACAUAGCCACGCUUUGGCUAUCUGUUACUGAACGUUGAAAGAAGAAUGUAACUUUUCAGAAAGGCCGUUUUGGAGAAAACAACUUUCCAUGUUCAGAAAAGGGAUAGAAGCUAUACACUUUGGCUAUCUGUUACUGAACGUUAAAAGAAGAAUGUAACUUUUCAGAUUGGCUGUUUUGGACAAAACAAACUUUCUGUGAUCAGAGAAGUGAUAGAAGCAUAGCUUGAUGCUACAGCAUUAAGGACAACUUGGUUUCUUUACCAUCUUGAUUUCCCAAUGACAGCUUCUCUUAUCAACCGAAUGAAACACAUUUUAUUGAAUAGCUUACAGCUCAGAAUGCAGAGAUUGCAAGUAGAAUGAGGUUAGAAGGGAGCGUGUAUGUGUGUGCCAACAGUGAAGGGUAGAGAGGAAGAGUAAAGUAAGGAGGAUAAAGGAGUGAGUUUACGUGACAGGGGCUUCAGUCAGAUGCUGAAGUCAGCUAUGAUGUUUAAGAAAACAGGACUGUGAGAGAGAUUGUUUGAGAGAAGUGAAGCAUGGGCGUUGGAUUGGUAAGGGUGCAGGAAAGACUGUGAGAGGAAGUGUACAGAAGAAAUGAUUUAUACUUGGAGAGGGCUCUAAAGAAGAAGGAAAGAGGUGUGAUGUGGCAUAUCACAUACUUUGCUUUAUCAUGCAGAAUGUGGUUUCUUUUUGCUGAAAUAUGAAAUAUAUGUGUAGUAAAAAUCUAUGAUGCUGUGAUCUAGAAAUUUGGUAAACUUGAGAUCAACAAUAGUAAGAGAUGCCUAACAGGAUAUCGUGGUAGUAUUGAUUGUAGUCAUGUCCUUAUUAAGGGCACUGAUCAGGUUUGUGUCAAACUAUUAACUCCAGAUUGCCUAAUGAAUUGACUAAUGUGUUUCAGAGAUAUAUUCAUGGUUAAAGUGUCAUUAGAACUGCAUUUAUAGUGAACAUUAAAGGUGUGUGAUUAUAUAGCAGGAA